GUUUCCACACCUGAUAGAGUAUAAAAAACCAGCCAAAUUAGGCGAGUAUAAACACAAAUUAACUACGUGGGAACGGAUAAAUUAGGCUACUGUAAUAAACAUUAUGUUAUCAUUGUUAAAAGGAGGGUUGAAAUAUUAAGUGAGGCUCCUUCCCGUCAACGGGAAACCAACAUGGGAUAACGUUAAUUACUACAUACAUAGAUACGUCAGAAUUAUUUGAUAAGUCAUCAAGAUAAUUCGUUAUGAGCUUGACGGACUACAAGGAACCCUUGGCUGCAAUUGCCGCUUUUUGUACAAUUUUGCAGUUUCUUGCUGGAGUGCCGGUAUGCAGGAAGUUUUUCAAAUCAGGAACAGUGGGCGACACCUCAGCUUUCCCUUUCAUCGCAGGAUUUUUGUCUUGCAGCCUGUGGCUCCGAUAUGGAUAUCUUCUUGGUGAUAAGUCCGUCAUUGUAACCAACGUUGUUGGAGCGUUCCUGCAAUUUUCCUAUGUGAUAUGCUACACUGCGUACAGCUCGAGAAAAACCUCUGUGCUGCGACUGUUUCUUGUGAUUUGCCUAGUGCUUCUCCUCGUCAUCACCUAUAUGCAGUACAUGCCAGAUAAUGAAACUGCAAAGACACACCUGGGUUUCAUAUGUUGUUGUGUGACUAUCGUGUUUUUCGCCGCACCUUUUGCCAACCUGGCCCAUGUAAUCAAAGUAAAAAGUGCUGAGAGUCUUCCCUUUGCUAUGAUAGUGGCCAAUUUAAUUGUGUCUGCCGAAUGGAUGACGUACGGGAUAAUAAUUGAUGACGCCUAUGUCGAGAUCACUAACGCUCUUGGUUGCAUUUUGUCUGGAAUACAGCUCUCCUUGUUUUUGAAGUAUCCUUCAACACCAUCCAAAAGUUCAAAAAACAUUGGCAUAAUUUAGAAUUAAAUGAACUCGAAACAAUGUCAAGAUUUGGUUUUGGAUUUGUUUACAAACACUUUGGUAAAUAUUGUUACAAUAUUGUAAAUGUGUGAUUAAGUGCAUAAAAUGUCCAUAAGUUUAAUAUCAAAUCAACUUUAUUUUUACAAUUAUCACGCAGUAUAUCACUAAAGGAAAAGCGGAAAAAGUUUGAAAAUAUUGACUUUGACGCAGAUUUAUAAGCGUUUAUGAUUGCAAAUUAAAAUUUUGCUAAACA